AAUUUGCCUUUUCACCCGCCACCGCCUCCGAGACUCCGACCCUGUUAGGGUUACCUGAACCCGAAGCACGCGCGAGCCAACGGCUCCAUUCGUGGUUUUUCUUUUGGGCGGCAUUCUUUCGAGUUUUUUCAGGUUGGGUCGUAAUUUUUGUGGUUUGAGGGGUGUCCACGAUCUGAAUCGUGAUGUUCAAGAACACGUUUCAAUCGGGGUUUCUUUCCAUUCUGUACAGUUUGGGGAGCAAGCCUCUGCAGAUAUGGGACAAAGAAGUUGUCAAUGGUCAGAUUAAAAGGCCACAAGAUGAAGAUAUUCAGUCCAAUGUCCUUGAAAUAGUGGGAUCAAAUGUGCAAUCAACAUAUAUCACGUGUCCUGCUGAUCCUGCUGCAACACUUGGUAUAAAGCUCCCUUAUUUAGUUAUGAUUGUGAAGAAUCUGAAGAAAUACUUCACAUUUGAGAUCCAAAUUCUGGAUGAUAAAAAUGUCAGACGUCGAUUCAGGGCUUCAAACUUUCAAUCUGUAACGCGUGUAAAGCCAUAUAUCUGCACCAUGCCCCUCAAAUUAGAUGAUGGAUGGAAUCAGGUUCAGCUGAACCUGACAGAUCUCACCCGAAGAGCAUAUGGUACGAAUUAUGUUGAGACAUUGAGAGUUCAAGUUCAUGCAAACUGCCGCCUGAGAAGAAUAUACUUUUCCGACCGUCUCUACUCUGAGGAGGAGCUUCCACCUGAAUUUAAAUUAUAUCUACCAGUGCAGAAGGCCUAACUCGGCAGCAUCUUUAUGGAAGGACCACAUGAAAAUCUCUAUAAAGUUGUAGGCUAUACUCUAUUUCAACCGUGCUGAUUCAAGUCUUGUAGCUACAUAGAUGUAUCCUGACAUGUUGGGUUCCAGCUUGACAUACAGAAUGCUGAGCCCCUCUAGAAAGAGUCGCCUGAAAGGCUUUGUUGUCGAUCAGUUGUUUGUGUUUUCCUUAGAUCUGAUAUAUUCAUGUUCUUGAUAACUUUUGUGGCCGUUGUCACUAUCGGCAUCGGAUGGCAGAAGGCUUUUUCUUGGCAGAAUUUCUUCAACAGCCUGUCUUGUAUCUAGGUGGUGCGCGGGCGUUGUGUGUAUGUGCGUGCCCGUGCACAUGUCCGUACAGUAUAUUUUUUGGAGUUUUUAGAUUCAUAAAAAUGCACACACCCUUUCUUUGGGUAAAAGGCUACAUUUGCAUGCAACAACGACACCUGCUCGAGUGGAGGUUUUGAGUUUU